CUUCGCACCAUCCCCGAUGCACCACGCAUAACACGACCAUGGUGUCGGACACGGUAUACGAGAUAUGCCUGCCUGUGCUGCAGGACCCCACCGUACCCGAUGACGAAAAGGCCGACCGCGUCGAGCAUGUCCUACGCCAAGAGGCCCGCCUGACGGGCAAGGCUCUCGAGGAUGCCGUCUUGGGUGUGCUGUGGCGCCGUCGCGAUCAUACCGAGGGCUCGACCUCGCCGCCGCCCUUACGCGCCACUGUGAUCCGCCGUGCAUCGCCCGCUCCAUGGCAAGCCCGCUCUGUCUCUGCCACAAACUCGCCGCGAUCCCAGAGCGCCACCAUUCAUCCUCCGCCUGGCUUUGGCCCUGCUCCUCCUCAGUUCAACCGCGCAAAGUCCUCGACCGCCUCGCCCUUUUCCUCUCCACGCCCCUCUCCGCGCCUAGCCUUUGCGACUCCCCAGAUUCCCCACAGUCCCAGCCUGAGUGCCUACCAGUUCAGCGAGCCCACUUCAGCAACAGAGCAAUAUGGGGACUACGGGAGCGACAAUGUUGACUGGCUAGUCAACGACGAUGCCAGCAGCACUGCUUCGUUUGGCGACUCGUAUUCGUCCGAGUGGGUUCAGCCUUCCAUGGUCGAGAUGUCGACGUAUGAUAUGCUGCGUUCCGUCUUGCGUGACGACAAGUCUGAUGAAGAGCUUGAACAUGUCCUCCAGCUGAACGGCUACGACUUCAGCCAGACGAUCAUGGCUUUGACCGACCCGCAAGCUCUGAGCGCAACAGAGGCUCAGAGCAGGACAUACCUCGUUGGAAAGUCAAUGAGUCCUACCUCGAGGCCCCUCACCCCCUCUACACAGGCCAAGAGCGGCAUCGUGUGCAAAUACUGGCUUUCUUCAGGACACUGUGCAAGGGCUGACUGUCGAUUCAGCCAUGAUCUUAGUAACCAUCUCUGCAAGUACUGGCUAGCAGGAACUUGUCUCGCUGGCGACUCCUGCAUCUUCUCUCACGACCCUUCUGCUUUGAUGACUCGAUUGACCAUGGAUGAGAACGCUACACCACCCACGCAGGCUCUCCAGCCAAACUUCCAGCUGCAAGACUACGAUUCCUUCCCUGCUCUGCAGCCUACCAACUCAAACCCGUAUGACCAAUCUUAUGACCCUUCUCUGCUUAAUUCUCUCCAAUCACAGCCCUCUGCUGUCUCUACACUGAAUCCAUUCGCCAUGUUUGUCCCAUCAAGCAAUGCAAGCGUCCGCUCUUCGUCGCGACCCACGAGCCGCCAUCAGUCCCGUACUGCAACUCCUUCGGCCUUGGCUGUGAACGACGACGAAGCCUUCCCUACCUUGGGGUCUGCCGCCGCCUCACGGUCAUCUCGUCGUCACGGGAAGAGAGGCCAUGGCCAUGCUGCUAACAAGGAGAGCCCAGUCCCUACCCCAUCGUCAUUGGCGGACGUAGUACGCAUGACUCCAUCUCCUUCACCACAGGUUCAAUCCCGGCGAGGAUUGCGGCCCACAAAGUCAAGCACCGGCUCUCGUGAAAACAGCACAGCCGCGAUGGCGAUAGCAGCGCCUGAGCACAUCCCUUGGCUGGAAACCGGAGACUACGCAAACAAGGCAUAUCUCAAAGCACGUGCCGAGGCCUUCAAGCACGGAGGCCUAAGGAACAAAUUCCUACAAAGUGCAGCUCAAGCAUGGAACAGAAACGAUGCUCGCGGCGCCAAAGCUCUCAGUCUCAGAGGUCAUAACGAGAACCUGGCCAUGAAGGAGGCCCACCGCGAGGCUGCUCGAUGCUUAUAUGAGGAGCGUAAUAAGAAUUCUGGCGACGGCAAGGAACUGUUUGUUGACUUGCAUGGUCUACAUCCCGAAGAAGCAGUACAAUACCUGACCUCCUGCCUGCUCGACCAUAGCUCAUCCAGCAGACCAAUCUAUGCGAUCUGCGGCACCGGUCACCACUCCAAAAAUGGCAAAGACAAAGUCGGCAAAGCAGUCCGCCAGUUUUUGAACGAAUGGCGUUAUGCGUUCCGCGAGUUUAGUGUCCCCGGUGACCGCAAUAACGUUGGCGGUAUCCUCGGUAUUGACCCAAGCAGCUACGACAAGGAGUGUGCGAAACGAAUGCAAGAGGGCGGACCUGGGUCUGAGGCCGAUAGUGGAGUAGGUUUCCUGAGUAGCAGUGCUGAAGACACAAAGGUCCGUAUCCUACGAAGGGAGGAAUAAUAGUAGCCGUCCAUCCCUUCCAAGGAAAAGAAUGAAAUUAUGAAGUUAUGCUCU